AUGACCAGAAAGUGGAUAUUUUUAUGUGCAGCUGUAGUGGUGUUUAUGCACUUUUCUAUUAUUAUUUUUAUGUUAAGCCCACUGUAUAGUAAUAGAUCAUUCUAUAGGAAUAGUUAUGUACACCUCGGAUUGCGGCAGUCGAGCGUCAGUUGGUGUAAAGAGCUGCAGCUGCGGAAGCCCCCUUCUUAUAAUGUCGUGGCUCUUGCCUCUUAUCCAGGCAGUGGAAACACCUGGUUGAGGUAUCUCUUACAACAAGCUACGGGUAUUAUGACUGGUUCAAUCUAUAUGGAUUAUGGUCUGAAAGUCCAUGGUUUCCCAGCAGAGAAUGUCACUAAUGGUUCAGUGCUUGUUGUUAAGACUCAUGAAGGUCCUCCACCUGACAAAAAGUUUCAAGCUGCAGUAUUACUUAUAAGGAAUCCUAGAGAUGCAAUAUUAGCGGACUUUAACAGAAUUCACAAAGGCCAUAUAGGUACGGCACCUAAAUCAGCCUUUAAAAGGAAGACUAGGGACCAAAAAUCUGAUUGGACAUCAUAUGUGGACACAGAGGUGAUGACAUGGGAGAGUACUCACCGCUUAUGGCUAACCAGAUUCUCUGGUCCGCUGCACAUAGUUCUAUAUGAGAGGCUAGUGAUAGACACUCGCAGUACAUUAAUCUCUGUAUUGGACUUCCUCAACCAAAGUGUAACUGAGGAGGCCAUGGACUGUGCAUUAGCAAACAAGGAGGGUAUUUAUCGCAGAAGAAAAAAGCACAAUGAUUUUGACCCGUUUACACCUCAUAUGUAUGCAGUCUUGGACACUGUACGUAGAAGAGUUGCUAACUUGAUUGUGGAGUACGAGAAAUCGCACAACCAGACCUAUUAG